AUGGGCGAGGUCUAUGACCUCGCCAAGGCUUCGUACAAUGAGACUCUGAGGCAGGCUGUUCUCGAAGAGGUACAGCUCUGUUGUAUCGAUAUCAAUCAUGCGUACAACAUCAUCGUAGGCUUUGAAAACUUGGAGGACUCGUCUGCGUGCUCCACUCACCGCCGCAACACUCGACGCGUUCUCAAGAAGAUUCAGUGGCAACUUCUGCGAGCUUCCGACGCGGCCAAAUACGCCAAACGCUUCGGAGAGAAUCAUAAAAGGCUCAACUCGUUCAUUCCCUUGCUCGGACAUCAGUCAACGUCACAUCUUUUGGAUGAGCAACAUUCUUCCAUUCUAGCAGCACUUCGCUACGACCUACUGCUUGCGCAAGGUCAGAGUCAUGUGUUCCUCAAGUACGCCGAGGAUAUCAAGUCUGUAACACUUCUUGCCCUUCGGGAGACCACGAUGCCAUCACGAUCAUAUGUGAUUGAACAAACCCUCUCCCGCCCAUAUUUUGCUUCGUCUCCCACAAGACGACUCGUGUCUCGCGUUCAACGUGUCGCCAACAUGAUCUUUGACUCGCUCUCCCCUCAUACGCCACGAGAUCAACGGGAGCGGUUGUUAUCUUUGCUAGCGCCAUUCCUUGUAGCAGGCGCUGCAUAUGUGGUCUACAGCAAUGUAGGCCCUCAAUGGAAAACUGCAAGCCUCUGGUCUGCCGUUUGCGCGCUUGUUGUGCAGGUCUUGUGGCUUCAGUCAUCCAUACCGACGUAUCCCGGAUCCAGUCACGGGAACUGUGUGUUCCUGAUUGGACUACUUGGAGAGGAAAUCACUGUGCCCACUCAAUUCUGCUCAUCAUACGAGACCUUCCACGAGUUCGUGAACCUCCUCUACUCUAGGACCAUAGGAGCAUCCGAUUUUGUGCUUACCAAGUGCUAUGAGCUGUUCGAGGCUGAGACAUUGGCGCUGAUCUCGGGGACCAACUGGAAGGCUCAAAUACGACCUGGAAUCCGCAUGGAGAUGGGAUUGAUAUUGAUAGGAGGAAUGAUAGACAAUCUGUCCUGUUGUCCUCACUGCGACUCCGAGUAUAGCACUCGUUCAACCUCGAGCGAAGUUGUCUGGUGCUAUGGCGCUGACCAUAAGUCCGCUCUUUCCCGGAUGAAUGCACCGGUGACUACCUUGACAACAGCAGCCCAGCACGUCAAUUAUGUCGAUGCCAACGCGGCCAUGUCGUUCGCGCGCCGAUGUCGCCGUAUCCAUGCUGUCAAUUUCCAACCCACAUCCGACUACACACCGGAGCAUUUGCAAUGGGCAUCGCAGCGAGUUCUGGAAUCCUUGAUCUUCGACCAGGACACGUUCUCAAGAUCAAGCAUCGCUUAUGCACUCUUACGGUCGCACAUCCAGUCCGUCAGUAGCUGGGAUCCUCAAUAUGCUAUCUACGAAGAAGCCUUACACGCAAAUAGGCUUGUGUAUGAUGCCGUACUUGAGAAGCUCAUGCAGGGUGCAGUGAUCAACGGCACGCAUGACAGUACGGUGUUCAAAAGACCGAUGACUGUUGUGCAAGGGUUGCUCGAGCGAAUGGUUUUUGCACUAGGUGCUUUCAUUGAGGAGCCAUCUGGAGAACACUUAUGCGAAUGGGAAGACAUCGUGGUGGACUACUCAGACACGCAGCUUCCCCCUAACGAGCGAGCGGAGUUUAACGAACUCGUAAGAGAUCAUCGAAUCAUCAGUAGCGACCUGCGUGUUGGCUUCGGCUUCGGGGAGAGAUGA